AUGACCAGCUCUGUGUCUGAGCAGCUGGUGGAACGGAAACGAUCCACCGAUACAAUCCCCAAGGUCCUGGCCAUGAUCUCCAUCCUGUUCAUCGUCAUUUCCACCAUCUCACUGUCCCUCAACACUCUGCCAGAGCUCCAGGUCGUGGAUGAAUUCGGCCAGUUCAACGACAACCCCAACCUGGCCCACGUGGAGGCGGUGUGCAUCGCCUGGUUCACCAUGGAGUACAUCCUGCGCCUUCUGUCCGCCCCCAACAAGUGGAACUUCAUCAAAGCGCCCCUGAACAUCAUCGACCUGCUGGCGAUCCUGCCUUACUACGUGACCCUGUGUCUGACCGAGUCCAACAAGAGCGUGAUGCAGUUCCAGAACGUGCGCCGCGUGGUGCAGAUAUUCCGCAUCAUGAGGAUCCUGCGGAUCCUGAAACUGGCCAGGCACUCGACCGGACUCCAGUCUCUGGGCUUCACCUUGCGGAGGAGCUACAACGAGCUGGGCCUGCUGAUCCUGUUCCUGGCCAUGGGCAUCAUGAUCUUCUCCAGCCUGGUGUUCUUCGCCGAGAAGGACGAGGACUCCACCAAGUUCACCAGCAUCCCGGCCUCCUUCUGGUGGGCCACCAUCACCAUGACCACCGUCGGAUACGGAGACAUUUACCCACAGACCCUGCUGGGGAAGAUCGUGGGAGGGCUGUGCUGCAUAGCGGGCGUGUUGGUCAUCGCCCUGCCCAUCCCCAUCAUCGUCAACAACUUCUCCGAGUUCUACCGAGAACAGAAGAGGCAGGAGAAGGCCAUCAAGAGGAGGGAGGCUCUGGAACGAGCCAAGCGGAGCGGAAGCAUCGUCUCCAUCAACGUCAAGGACGCGUUUGCGCGCAGCAUGGAGCUAACGGACGUGCUGGUGGAGAAGAGGGAGGAGAACAAAUGCCCCGUGGACAACCACCUGUCCCCCAGCCGCUGGAGCUACCAGAAGCACUACACCAACUCCGAGACGACCAGCUCCGCCCGGCCCCAGCACUACCAGGAGGUGGCCCAGCUGGGCUCCCCGCUGCGCCCCAAAGCGCUCUCCAACCGGGGAACCCCCCAGCACCUGAGCGCCAAGCACCUGGAGGACGCCUACAACAAGACGGCCAUGUUGGACCAGGUGGAGAUGAGGGCUCUUUCCUCCAAACCGGCCCCUAAAGCCAGUCCUGCUGGAAGGGGGUCCCUCCCCAAUCUAACCGAGGACAUCCCGACCCAGAGGGGAGAGAGGAGCUCUUUGCUUCCUGGGCUUGAGGGGAGUCAGACGGGUGUGAGGCAGCAGAAGAUCCCCCCCCCCUUAGAUCUGAGCCAGAUCAGCGCGCUGGAGGGGAACCGGGACAGUAUCCAGCCAGCCGCCAUCAUCAAAGAGGGUCUGUACGAGUUCCUGUCCAGCCCCCAGAAGAGCGAAGGCGGAGAUCCGCAUUCGGUGGAGAACCCGACCUCUGACCCUGUCCUCGGUUCUGAGCAAGAUUACAGCAGUUCUGAGAAAAUGCGAGCCCUAAAGGUCGACCUAAUCGAGUCCCAGGACGACGUCCUUCUGGCCGUGAUGACCCCGGUGGCCACCUCCAGCUUUGAGCUCUCCUCCGAUGACAAAACCUCCAGGUUCCCCGCGUCUCCCGUGACACAGGAGGCCAAGAGCUCAGCGCCCAGGAGCUUAGAAGGUGAAGGGCAGCUCACCGCGGGGUUAAGCCACCAGGGGAGGAAUCACAUGGAAAAGUCAGCUGCUGUCGGCUCGCCCCUGUCCUCCAAAACCAGCCCGCUCAACUGCACCCAGGAGCUGGGGCUGGGGGGGGCGGAGCCCGGGGAGGAGGCCGAGAACCAGGAGAACCAGGAGAACCACAUCGUCCUGGACGGGAGCCUGACUCCCCCCUGUGAGACCAGCAUGUGA